UGCAAGAAGUUGAACACCCUCACCUUUCAACUGCCAAAGUCCAACUAAACCAGCUUUUGCAUUUAGAUUUAGAUUUAGGCGGAGCUUUCAAUUAGGCACCUCCCUCGUUUCCAUCGCCACAGGCAUCAAAAUUCACUCCCAUCACAACACAACACAAAUAACACAUUCUCUCUUACACUCACACCAUUGCUAUCAUCUCAAAUAGGAAAUGGAAGUCACACUCUCCGCGUGCAAGUCCGUUACCUCGCCUUCUCUUCCCAUCUCAGGUUUAUCUGGGAGGAAGGGAGGGAUUAAGAGUUCGCAAUGCAGUUUCAUAGCUGGAACGAACGGAGUGAGGUUUCCUAGACAAGUAAGUCAGGUUAGUCACGUUCGCAAACAGCGCCAAACGCGUCACUGUGGUGCUCUCCACGCGACUUGUAGCGGUGAGAAGAUCCUGAUCGCGAACAGAGGCGAGAUUGCGGUUCGAGUGAUUCGAACCGCUCGUGAAAUGGGGAUUCCUUGCGUGGCUGUGUACUCCAUCAUUGAUAAGGACGCGCUUCAUGUCAAAUUGGCUGAUGAAGCUGUUUGUAUUGGCGAAGCGCCGAGUAAAGAAUCGUACUUGCUGAUUCCGAAUGUUCUGUCUGCUGCUAUUAGCCGCAAAUGCACGAUGUUGCAUCCUGGCUAUGGUUUUCUUGCGGAGAAUGCUGUGUUUGUUGAAAUGUGCUGGGAACAUGGAAUCAACUUUAUUGGGCCUAAACCUGAUAGUAUUCGGGUUAUGGGUGACAAAUCAACUGCCAGAGAAACAAUGAAGAAAGCAGGUGUUCCCACUGUUCCAGGAAGCGAGGGUCUUUUACAGAGCACAGAAGAAGCUAUCAGGCUGGCAAAUGAGAUUGGUUACCCUGUGAUGAUCAAGGCAACAGCUGGUGGUGGAGGACGUGGCAUGCGUCUUGCUAAAGAACCUGAUGAAUUUGUGAAGUUGUUGCAGCAAGCUAAGAGUGAAGCCGCCGCUGCAUUUGGCAAUGAUGGGGUUUAUUUGGAGAAGUACGUUCAAAACCCAAGGCACAUUGAGUUCCAGGUUCUUGCAGAUAAAUAUGGUAAUGUUGUUCACUUUGGAGAACGUGAUUGCAGCAUCCAGAGGCGUAAUCAGAAACUGCUGGAAGAAGCACCAUCUCCAGCCCUGACCCCUGAGUUGCGAAAGGCAAUGGGAGAUGCAGCGGUUGCAGCUGCUGCAUCUAUUGGUUACAUAGGUGUUGGAACAGUGGAGUUCCUUUUGGAUGAAAGGGGUUCCUUUUACUUCAUGGAGAUGAACACUCGUAUCCAGGUUGAGCAUCCCGUGACAGAGAUGAUUUCCUCAACAGAUUUGAUAGAAGAGCAAAUUCGUGUUGCAAUGGGAGAAAAACUUAGAGUCAAACAGGAGGAUAUUGUGCUCAGAGGACAUUCUAUUGAAUGUCGUAUCAAUGCAGAAGAUGCUUUUAAGGGAUUUAGACCAGGGCCAGGUAGAAUUACAGCAUACUUGCCAUCUGGAGGUCCAUUUGUCAGAAUGGAUAGCCAUGUUUAUCCUGAUUAUGUUGUUCCUCCAAGCUAUGACUCCCUUCUUGGAAAGCUGAUUGUAUGGGCUCCAAAUAGAGAAAAAGCCAUUGAACGCAUGAAAAGGGCUCUUGAUGACACAGUUAUCACAGGAGUUCCUACCACAAUUGAUUAUCAUAAACUUAUCCUCGACAUAGAGGAUUUCAAAAACGGAAAAGUUGAUACUGCAUUUAUUCCAAAACAUGAGGAAGAGUUGGCGAUGCCGCCUCAGAAGUUGGUAUUGAGCUAACAGGUUGAAUGAACUAGUUGGCUCAACUGCCUGAAGGAUAUGAUUUUGUGGUGCUGCUUAGUUGUAAUCACCUUAUCGUCAGUGCUUGGAAGUUAAAAGUUUGAAUGAAAUUUUGAUAAUUAGUCUCGUACAUUCCUAUUUCUUCACAUAAUUUUAUCGUAAAAUCAGUUAAUCUCAUUUGAUUUUAUCCCAAAUAUCAGUGCAAGAAAUUGGGAGUAGCUCCUUGCUUUUAGUCGUAGUUGCUACAUUGGUUAUUAGAGGCUUGUUUGUAAUUCUUGUAUUAAGAGCUCGUGUUAGAUACAGUAAUAAAAACUUGACAUGAUUCUAACCGGCAUGGAUUGUUAUAUGGAUCAA